AGCUCCUGCAGCUGGUCCCUCCAGCCUCCUGGGACUUUGAUUCGUCUUACCCGCCGAGCUCCUGGCAAGGGCUGUCCGGGCAUGCCGCGCGGCCGCUUUCUACGAGGAACUUAACCCGCCCCGCCCGCCGCCCGGAUGGGACCGCUGGUGUGCUUCUAAUUGCACGUGGAAAUAUUUACCUUAAAAUACUAAAGAAGCCAGAUGCAAAAUUGUACAUACUUUGUGAUUUUACCUAUCAUAGAAAAAGCUAAGGUCUCCAGUGAAUAUUGAAUUGCUGAGGAAUUUGGAAAAAGACAAGCUGAAGUUCCCAUUCCAUGGAUCCCUUGGGGGCACCUUCCCAGUUUGUGGAUGUGGAUACGCUACCAAGCUGGAGCAACUCAUGUGAAGAUGAAUUAGAUGCUUCUGAUGCUGCAGCUGAAACAUUUCAGGAAGACACUAUUAGAUCACCUUUUCUUUAUAAUAAGGACAUCAACAGAAAAGUGGUUCUUUGGAAAGGAGAUGUGGCAUUACUGAACUGUACAGCCAUUGUAAAUACCAGCAAUGAAAGUCUUACAGAUAAGAAUCCUGUGUCAGAAAGUAUCUUCAUGCUUGCAGGACCUGAUUUGAAGGAGGACCUCCAGAAACUUAAAGGUUGCCGGACAGGUGAAGCAAAAUUGACGAAAGGAUUUAAUCUAGCUGCUCGGUUCAUCAUUCACACAGUGGGACCCAAAUAUAAGAGCCGCUAUCGCACAGCAGCUGAGAGUUCCCUGUACAGCUGCUACAGAAACGUACUUCAACUGGCAAAAGAGCAAUCAAUGUCUUCUAUUGGAUUCUGUGUCAUCAAUUCUGCAAAACGAGGUUAUCCUUUAGAGGAUGCAACGCACAUAGCACUUCGCACUGUAAGGAGAUUCCUAGAGAUUCAUGGGGAGACCAUUGAAAAAGUAGUAUUUGCUGUCUCUGAACUUGAAGAGGCUACUUACCAAAAGCUGCUACCUCUGUACUUCCCGAGAUCAUUAAAAGAGGAGAGUCGAUCAUUGCCAUACCUACCUGCAGAUAUUGGAAAUGCAGAAGGGGAGCCUGUGGUACCUGAACGACAGAUUAGAAUAAGUGAAAAGCCUGGUGCUCCGGAGGACCACCAUGAAGAGGAUGAAGGCUUGGGUGUUGAUCUCUCUUUCAUUGGCUCUCAUGCUUUUGCUCGAAUGGAAGGAGAUAUUGAUAAGCAAAGAAGACUGAUCCUUCAGGGGCAGUUAUCAGAGGCAGCCCUGCAGAAGCAGCAUCAAAGAAAUUAUAAUCGCUGGUUAUGUCAAGCAAGAUCUGAGGAUCUGUCUGAUAUUGCUUCUCUAAAAGCCUUAUACCAAACAGGUGUCGAUAACUGUGGUCGCACAGUGAUGGUGGUAGUUGGAAGAAACAUUCCUGUAACGUUAAUAGAUAUGGACAAGGCUCUCUUAUAUUUUAUCCAUGUAAUGGAUCACAUUGCUGUGAAGGAAUAUGUAUUAGUAUAUUUUCAUACACUGACCAGCGAAUACAAUCACCUGGACUCUGACUUCCUGAAGAAACUCUACGACGUUGUUGAUGUCAAGUACAAGAGGAAUUUGAAGGCUGUUUAUUUUGUUCAUCCAACAUUUCGUUCAAAGGUAUCAACAUGGUUUUUUACCACCUUUUCUGUCUCAGGACUGAAGGACAAAAUCCACCAUGUGGACAGCCUCCACCAGCUCUUUUCUGCCAUAUCACCAGAACAGAUUGACUUUCCUCCUUUUGUCCUUGAAUAUGAUGCCAGGGAAAAUGGGCCUUACUAUACAUCUUACCCCCCAUCACCAGAUUUGUGACCUGCCAUCUUUCAGUGCUACUGGUUUCCAAGGACAUCACUGUCUCCACGAAUCACUACCUAUUGAAGUGAUAUUCAUUUUUGCUGUACAGAUCCAGAGAGCCUUUUGUCCCCACCUCUCUGGUAUUUUUUUAUUGACUGUAUAUUUUCUGGCACAUAAGCAAUCUGAAAAUGGUAGGCCAUUCUGAACUGCACAUUUAUUUUAAAUUUGUAUAUUUGUAUCAAAUGAACAUGUUCGUUUUUAGAGAGUUGUUAAUAGAAAUUGGGGAGCAACUUUUGAGUAUCUUCAGUUUCCUCAAAGGACACUGAAUUUUCCAUUAGAUGAGCCACCAAUGUCAUUCACAUCAUCUCUUUAACAUUGCACGCUUCCUUUGUGUACUUAAGUAUUUCUCAAAAUAUAUAGAACCAAUGUAUGCUUACUGGAUGCAUUGUUUGCUUCAGAUCCUGGCAUUACAUUUUAUACAGAUAAUUUGGUUAUGAUAAAAGAGAACUGUCUGGGACCAAGGAUGUGGAAGUGUAUCCGAUCAAAAAUAUCAAAAGCAUUAGCAAAACAUAGGUCUUAGAAUUUUAUUGCACCAGUUAAGAUUAAGAUUUAAGGACUAUAGUUCCUUGGAUUAUAUGAUUUGUUAAGAUUGCCACUGUUCUGGUCUCAACAGUAGGGAAAACAAGACUGUAUCUUCAGCCUUUUCCAAUAAUCAUGGGUGAUUUGGUCUCCUUAUUCAAAAGGACUGUGCAUAUUAGUACUCUUACAUGAAGGGCAUCCCCUAAGACUCUGUCAGUGAGCCUUUAGAAAGUGUGCUGUCUUCCCAGAGUUGUGAAUGAUUUUGUUUAGCUCUUAGAGCUACUCCCUCUAAUGACAUUUCCUAGCAAUGUCUCUUGAGUUGCCUGCCUCAAUAUGUUGAAGUGCGUUGCAGUGAAGAAAAUUCCAGACCACUUUUGACACUCAGGCUCUAUUUGUGCCUUAGCUUGCUUAUGAAUAAAAAUUAGGAUUAUGCUACCUACCUCACAGAGGUAUCAUGAGGAUAGCAUUUAGAAAGGGCUUUUGAUGUCUUUGGAUGAAAAAUGCUAGAGGAGUUUGUGUGAUGGGGUGUCUUCAAUUAGUUUUUUAUUUAAUAAUAAUAAAUAUACUGAGAGUGCUACAAGGCCCUCCUCUUGUCCUUGGCACCUUUUGAGUGAUUUUUCUUUUCUUGGGACAAGAGCUGUUAGUGCAAAAUCCCAACCCUGAGGACCUCCUUCUGCUUUGCCCAGAAUUUCUUCUGGCUUACUCCUCCCCCAGAGCUACACUUUAAUGAGAGGCAUCUGUUAGCCAUUUUAAACAUUUCUUCUUGAAUUAAGGUCAAACCAUUAUCAUUUCCAUCUGGGUGUCUUCGUAUUCCUUUUGAUUCCUACAACCGCCCUCCAUUUCCCUCACCCCAUCAUGUAUAUUGACAGUUUGGGGAAGAAAAAGUAAAAGUCUUCUGUUCUAAUGUGCUCAGAAUUGGUGCUUCCAAGGGUCCCAUUUCCCUAUGCCCAAAUUAUUUCUUCAGUGGAUGUAAAAGAAACAUACUUCUCUUCAUUUAUGUUACAGAAAUCCCCCUAUAGUUGUCUUAACCUCAUCCUAUAUCUUUCCAUAUAAAUAGGAAGGGGCUUUACAUUUCUUAAACACUCUUAUCUUUUGCAUGUAAUGGACACGUUUGCCUUGUGUCAGAAAUCAAAACUGCUUGUUCCCUAUAUAUGCUUAUUUGUUAAGGACUUCCUGUAUGUUCCCUAGGUCACCAUGUCCGGACAGCCAGUCAGAUGUCUACUAUUAGUUUUCCUCUCAAACAGUACUCCUUUAACCCUUGAGCCUUGAGCUUUAAAAAUCGGAAAAAUUAGCUUUAUCUUCUCCAGUCAAUUGUUAGGUCAUAUUUAAGGUAUCUUUUCACUAGGAGCAGUUAUAAAAAUAUGUCAGCUUUUCUUUGUUAAAGCUGAACUUAGCUACCUUAAAUUGGCAUCUGCCGUGAAUCAUUUCCUCUAUACAUAAUAGAAGCUGCAAGCUACUUUGCCAUUUGAAAGGAAACAUAUUUAUAUGUACAGUUUCUUGUAGGCAAUAAUUUUGAGAGGAUCUUCCUUUGGAUUCAUACCGGUAUAUUAAUGUUUAGUAACACAAGGAGGAUUCUACAUAUACUGAGAUUCUAGUUCAAUUGAUGUCCUAGGGUAUAAAGGUAGUAUGGAACUGUAUAUCAACUGCAUUUCAUAAGUUAAUUGUGACUAAAGAUAAGAGCCCCUCUGCUCAGUGAAACUAAAUUUGAUAUGAGACGAAGUUCAUGCUUUUAGAGCUGUCUCAAGUGUUAUGUCCUGAGGUUGUUUCAACGUACCUGGAAGGGGAACACAGUGACCUUGAUGUUGAAAUUAUUAAGUUACAUUUAGUAUAUAUCUGCCUUUGUCAAAAGGUUGGGUAGGCUGGAAAACACGUGCCAUUUUCAGGAACAUAUUAGAUGAUAAAGAGGUGACUGUGUGGAGAUGACCAUGAGCAUCUGAUGUUAAUUCAAAGCACUACCCAGUCCUUAAGUGCAGCAAACUUGAGUUACACCAAAUGCUAUUUGAAUUGAGGAAGAAACAGUUUACAAAAUAUUAACUAACUUAUGCAAGGCAUAAUAUGAUUUUUAAAACAAGUAUGUUUCUUGCUUCAGCAUAUAUUUGGAUUCUUAACUCAUCUAUGUUCACGUUUCUUGUUAGCAAAAACGACCUCUUGAAAAAACCUCAGUCUUUAUUGGACUCUGAUGGCUUAGACACUGGGUGGUUCAUAUUUUAAAGAUUUUCUUUUCUUUAAUAUAUAUAUAUCUUAUUUAAUUGGCUGGUGCUCUAUUAUAUUUAUUUUUUCAAAAGAAUCCAUCUACAGUAGUUUGAGACUAUGCAACAGGAUUCUUAGACUGUUUUUGGUAGGAAAAAUGCAUGUAGAUUUUUGAUCAAAUAUCUGAAGUCUAAAAGGAUUAAAAUGUCUCCCAUUUCUGGAGAGGGAUGAGUAUAAUCACUCUAGUAGGAAAACGUGGCUUGCCUAUUUCUACCUGUUUUCUAUUUGCUUAGAUAUUGUUUAAUGGAUUCAAACUAUAGAUAAUGGUUAAUCCUUUCUUUGCAACAGUUAAUAGGAAAGCAAUAAAAUGUAGUUUCAGUAUAAGCCAAAAAUCAGUUUCCCCUGAUACAUUGUCAGUGUAUGUAUGUAGAUAGAGUUUAAAUUGCUUAAGAUGUGAACAGAAGUUAUUAGAAUUUGACAGACUGGAAGGAGAAGGAUUGUAUGAUUCUAGGCACAGUGGAUUGGUUGUGUUAAGGGCCAAAAGGAUUUCAAGACGGCAUAUAAACCUGUAACAUUGGAGUUAGCCAGUGAGUUUCAAUUUUGGUUCUCUUAAGUUAUGGCUAUCAUAAUCAGCAUGCACUAGUGUUUUACCUGUACUGGCACUAAUAUGCCUCAGGGUAUGUAAUUAACUCUUGUUGUGUGAUUGCUUGAGACCAUGAAGGAUAGAGGAGGGUUCUACCUGUAAUCUAGGUCGUAUCAUAAACCCAGAGAGUUUAAGGAUUGCCUAUUAGGCCUAACCAUAUAUACAUAUACAUAUAAUAUAUACAUACACUCAUACAUACGUAUCUGUAUAUAUACACACACAGUAACCUGGUUGGUUUUAAUUCUUUGCAUGUGGUUUCUGUAGCCCAUGUGAAGAGAACUUAGGGCAAUAAAUAUGAUUCUACCAAAAUAGCCCUUAAACAGAUAAUGUCAAGGUCAUUUUAGAUAUUAGUGGCUCUCUUGGAUAUUAGUUGUUAACUUUGUUUUCUAUGCUUCCAGGAACAGUAUCUUAGAAUCUUUUUUUAGUACAGCAUGCCUUAAAUGUGUAGGGUUCACUGAGUUCAAGAAAAGCAUAGGUGUUCUCUAGAUGAAUUACACUAACAAAAUCGUAACUGCUGAAUGUGAUCUAAUAUUUUUGUUGAACAGUUAAAACUAAUAUAUUUUAUAUGCACAAUCAUAUUUUUUUUGGUAGUAUGUUUUGUUAGUGUAAGCACACAGUCAUUAUAAACUGAGCCAGGACUUUGUCAGACCAGACAGACCUUGUGGGUCAAAAUGUUUAAAUAAAAGCUUAACAUAGGUAAAUGAUUUUAAUUGCUUUUGGGCAAAGGAGACCUAAAAAUGUUUUGAUUGGUCUUAAAAUUUGUUUAUUCAAAAUUCAGAAAGCUUUUAUGCAUAUUUUGCAUUUAAAAGUAUAUUUUGGUCUUUCUGACUUAGGAUCUCUUUUAAAGAGGAUCCCCGCUCUAUGCAUAUACAGCCUAUGAAGAACUCGUAGCAAAACGGUAAUGUUUAUUUCGAAUCACCAGGUUAGGACAGUCUUUUUUGGCCAUUUAUACCUGGCACUUCUCCAAUCACCAAAGUUAACCUACAGAGUAGUAGAAAGUGCAGCGAAUUUUACUGUCAGCUUUCUCUAUGGAGACCUAGACUAAUGCUUCUGAAACUUUAAUGUGCAUAUAUUCAGUCAACUGAGAAUACGUUAAAAUGCAGAUUCUGAUACAGUAGGUCUGGGGUGGAGCCUAGGAUUCUCAGGUUCUAACAAGCUCCUAGGUGAGAUCAAUACUUCUGGUCCCAACACCACACAUAGAGUAAAAGAGCCUAGUCGAUAUUUAGCUUCCAUAUUUUCCCUGUUUGGGGUAAAGGAGACAGAACUAUCAUUUUCAUUCCUUCUGUGGGCCAGGCACUCACACAUUCAUUGUCUCUUUUAAUCCUCCUACAAACCCUGUGAGGCAGGUGGUAAUAGAGAGAGGUUAAGUGACCUGCUGGAGCCCACACACACAUGCAGUGUAGUAUAGAGCAGUGUUUCUCAAACUUGAAUAACACGCAUCUCCUUUUAAUAAGGAAUAAUUCUAACUCCUUUUUACUUCAUUUAUUUAUUAUAAUGUUAAGUAUAGAUAAACAUAAAGCUACAUAUAAAUGCCUUAUGCUUACAGCUCUUGCACAAGUAUAAAACCAAAGGAAGUUUACAGAUCAGACACAAACAAAACUAUAAAAUUAGUAAAUUUAAAAUGAUAGUAAUUAAAUAUGAUGGAUGAUGAUGUUUUGCCAGCACAAAACCGUCACUUGUAGUUUGAUUAUGGUACUGAGUGCUGUAGUACGUGUUCUUUUUUUUGGUGAGGAAGAUUGGCCUGAGCUAAUAUCUAUUGCCAGUCUUCCUCUCUUUGCUUGAGGAAGAUUGUCACUGAGCUACCUGUGCCCAUCUUCCUCCACUUUGCAUGUGGGACA